AUCUUCUGUCGUCGUCUCGGUGACGCCAUCUCGCGGCGCGACACUGGCAGAGCCAUGGCGGCGCGGCGGGGCGGGAGUGGAACGGCGGAGGAGGAAAAUGAAGCCGGCACGGCCCGCGGUCCCCGCCGAAAGCGGCUGUGGAAGCCUGUGUUGCUGCGCAACGUCAUUGGCAGCGUCCAGGAGGGGCAAGGAUUUGCAUUUCGGAGAAAACAAAAGAUUGAAAGACAAUACAGGAGAUUAUUGAAAAGGGGAAGAAAGGUCCCUUCUCAACGGGAUGAUCAGUUUACCGAUACUUAUCCAGAGCACUUGAAGCACCUUUACCUAGCUGAAGAAGAAAUGCUUAAGAAACGGCGCAGGGCUCAAGAUGACUCGGUUUUAUCAGAAGAAAAACUUAAUAAGGCAGUAGAGCCAGUUAUGUCUGAAGGGAAGUUAAAGAAGAAAACAGCCAAUCAGAAGGCAAUAGAAGAGUAUGAGAAAAUAAAGGCUGAGCGUGCUAGAAGGAAAGAGGAGGCAGAAAAAAGAAAGCAACAAAGAGAAGCAGCUCAGCGGUUGUACAAGCAAAAGAAAAUGGAAGCUUAUAAAAUAUUGAGUAAGAAGACAAAAAAAGGACAGCCAAAUCUAAACUUACAAAUGGAAUAUCUUCUUCAGAAAAUACAGCAAAAUACAUAAACCUCUGUAUACAUCCUAAUUACAGUGUUUGAGUGGACAUUUUAUUAAUUGUCUUUUAAUAAAUAAUGCUUUUUGCUUCUGUAUGACUUUUGACAUUGGCUUGAUUUAUCUUAUCAGUCCAAUAGUGGAGGGUAUUCAUGAACAUAUGUUUUCUAUGCUGAGAGUGAGAGAGAGGUGGUACCUUGAAAAUAAAUGGUCUGUAUUUCUAAACCUAAGUUCUAUUAACUAUGUAAUAUCCUGAAUUCCAAGUCAUUAGAGCCUAGUACCAUCUGAACAUCUGUCUACCUUGUGUGAAAUAUUUGUUUUCUAGCUCUAACACUUCCUGCAAUUGUGACUACUAAACUUAUACUUAUUUGAGUAAAAUGGUAUGUGCGAUGGUGAGAAGCUCAACAUGAGCCUGCAGUCCAGAAGGCCAACCGUAUCCUGGUCUGCAUCUAAAGAAGCAUGGCCAGCAAGUUGAGGGAAGUGAUUCUGCACCUCUAUUCCUCUCUUGUGAGACCUCAUCUGGAGUAUUGUGUCCAGUUCUGGGAUCCUCAACAUAAGAAGCAUAUGGACCUGUUGGAAUGGGUCCAGAGGAGGGCUAUAGAGAUGAUUGGUACGAGGACAGGCUGAAAGAGUUGGGCUUGUUCAGCAUGGAGAAGCGAAGGCUCCGAGGACAUCUUAUAGUGACCUUCCACUAUCUGAAGGGGGCUACACGAAGGCUGGAGAGGGACUUUUCACAAAGGCUUGUAGUGAUAGGACAAGUGGGAAUGGGUAUAAACUGGAGAGGGGCAGAUUUAGACUGGGUGUUAGGAAGAAUUGCUUCACUGAGAGUGGUGAGGCACUGGCACAGGUUGCCCAGGGAAGCUGUGGAUCCCCCAUCCCUGGAGGUAUUCAAGGCCAAGUUGGAUGGGGCCUUGAGCAGCCUGAUUUAGUGGGAGGUGUCUCUGCCCAUUGCAGAGGGGUUGGAACUAGGUGAUUUUUAAUGUCACUUCCAACCCAAACUAUUCUAUGGUUCCAUGACAUAAUUAAAAUCUACGUGCAGUUGGAUAGGGUUUGACACAUGAAAACAAGAACAUAAACUACUUGGAUGGCUAUUAUUCUCCACAAAAAGUAAAACUUAUUCCAAAAAUACUUUGAAUAUAAAGAUCUUGUAUUCUUAACAUAUGCUUUUGCUUGGUGAUUUAUACUUCGGUUAUUUAUUUUGUUCAUAAACCAAGUAUAAAUUACAAUGGAUCAUGUAGAUGGGUUGAUGUUUUGGUAUGCUGACUAUUUCAAGUUUUAAUUUUGUUCUUUGGAACAUCUGUAGAAAAAGGAUUCUUUUAAAUCUUGAUUGGAGGUGCAAUUAGUGAUCUUCGGCCUAAUAAAAUGAAAGCAUUCUUAGUAAAACUAGUAAGUUUGCAGUAAAACAAGUUAACUAUUUUCCUUUGGUUUAUACAGGGGAAUACUGUUAUACUUCUGCCUUUAUCUCAGUAUAUUUUGGCAGCCAAGAAGUAAUACUGUGUUUCUUCUGCAUAUAAUAAGGACCAUAUAGACAUCAAAGUAAGGAAUGUCUUGGAAUAAAUUUCUCAGGACAUGCUCUGUAAGAUUUGCAAUAUAUGGAAUAACUUAAUAUUGGAGAUAACCUUAUUUAGAAGUUGAUAUCAACUACAAAAAAUUCCUUGUUUAAAAUACAUGGAGAAAAAUUAAAUGUAUGGCAAUCACUGCUGAAUGAGGAAUAAUUCAGGAGUU